AUGCGGCGGCUGUGCCGGGGCCGUGUGCUGGGCAUCUCGGUGGCCAUAGCGCACGGGGUCUUCUCGGGCUCCCUCAACAUCCUGCUCAAGUUCCUCAUCAGCCGCUACCAGUUCUCCUUCCUGACCCUGGUGCAGUGUCUGACCAGCUCCACCGCGGCGCUGAGCCUGGAGCUGCUCAGGCGCUUGGGGCUCAUCGCCGUGCCCCCCUUCGGCCUGAGCCUGGCGCGCUCGUUCGCGGGGGUCGCCGUGCUCUCCACGCUGCAGUCGAGCCUCACGCUCUGGUCCCUGCGCGGCCUCAGCCUGCCCAUGUACGUGGUCUUCAAGCGCUGCCUGCCCCUGGUCACCAUGCUCAUCGGCGUCCUGGUGCUGAAGAACGGGGUGCCCUCGCCCGGGGUGCUGGCCGCCGUGCUCAUCACCACCUGCGGCGCUGCCCUGGCAGGAGCGGGUGACCUGACGGGCGACCCCAUCGGGUACGUGACGGGCGUGCUGGCGGUGCUGGUGCACGCCGCCUACCUGGUGCUGAUCCAGAAGACCAGCGCCGACACCGAGCACGGGCCGCUCACCGCGCAGUACGUCAUUGCGGUGUCCGCCACCCCGCUGCUGGUCGUCCUCUCGGUCGCCAGCACCGACUCCAUCCACGCCUGGACAUUCCCCGGUUGGAAGGACCCGGCCAUGGUCACCAUCUUCGUGGCCUGCAUCCUGAUCGGCUGCGCCAUGAACUUCACCACGCUACACUGCACCUACAUCAACUCGGCCGUGACCACCAGCUUCGUGGGCGUGGUGAAGAGCGUCGCCACCAUCACCGUGGGCAUGGUGGCCUUCAACGACGUGGAGCCCACCUCGCUGUUCAUCGCCGGCGUCGUGGUGAACACGCUGGGCUCCAUCAUCUACUGCGUGGCCAAAUUCUUGGAGACCAGGAAGCAAAGCAACUAUGAGGACCUGGAGUCGCAGCAGCCUAUGCCAGAGGGAUCGGAGCCAAGUGGGGACCAGCUGCCCUUUGUUAUGGAGGAGAUGCCCCAGGAGGGUGGUAACGGCAGGCCAUGGGGCGGAGAGGGGGCAGGUGACCCAACUCAGCAGGGUGGGCAAGCCGCAAGGGGCAGUCCCCGAGGGGUCCCGCUGGGCAUCUCCUCUGGCUCCGAAGAAGGGAGUAGAAGAUCCUUAAAGGAUGCUUACCUGGAGGUGUGGAGGUUGGUCAGGGGAACCAAGUACACGAAGAAGGAUUAUUUGAUAGACAAUGAGGAGUUACCCAGUCCUUGAAAGGACUUGCUUGUAGGGCCUAUGUACAUACGGUUAUUUUGUAUGUUAGAAAUAAACGUCUUCAUGAGGGGCCUCCAGUGUUAUUCUUUGAGGAACAAGAAAGGGGAGCAAAGCAAAAGCCGAAAGGGACCAACAGAGACAAAAUCAGUACCCAGUGUGUCUUAUUUCUUGCCAGAGAAGCUCGGCAGGGAGAAGGCACCUACAGGUAAUUCAUAGAGUCCCAGGCAGAAUCGGCUUCAGCCUUCGGCCACCUUGCUUGUUUUUGUCUUUAAACCAUAACCAAUAUCUGCAUGUAGCGAGAGUCCCUCGGCCACCCCCUCCAAAGAUGGAGUGCGGAAGUCAUGGCACUGCUCAGUAAGUUCACAGGUCACAUCCAGGGGCACGCU